GAAAAGCGCACAGGCCCUUUUAUUAUUUUUUUUUUUAAUCCGCCUAUGCAUGUCAUGAUGGCGGAGGCAUCGCCGCGAGACAAAGAAGAGUGCAAGCCCGCUGUUUGCAUCUUUGCUGCGCGGCAUUGUGUUGUCUCGACUCAGGCGCGCCCGGGGAUCGGCGGCGGCGGCGGCAGCGGGCGGUAGGUUGGCGGUGCGGGCAGGGGGAGGGGGGCAGGGCAGUGUGUAUAUACGAGGGACAGUAGGUGGGCAUCAAAUAAUGCAAAGCCAAAGCAAGAGCGAAAGAUGGAGGUGUAUGUAGAGUACAAGUACACGGCAGUGAUGGGGCUGCACGGGGAUUGGCAUGGAUGCCUGAGAGCCACGCUAGAUUCUAGGGCUCGCUGCACCUUGACAUACGCACGCUCGCCCUGCCGGCCUGUGUCUGCGCUCGAGUUGACUCCCCCCGACCAAAGCGCCCGCCGCGUGCAGCCUGAGACGCGCUCUGCUAUUUGUACAUUAUUCCACUCUCGCCUUCCUUGUCUCGCCCCAGCACACGCACGACGACCACCAUUACCACCCACACACCCUCCACCCUCCACCACCAUCCACCACCAUCCACCUUCCACACACCCCCUGUCGCCCCGACGACCCUCGCUCGACACGCCCUUCAACGUUGCUGUUUCAGCCCGAAGGCCACUAGCCACCCACCACGCUGCCCGCCUGGCGCCUAUUAGUCAACUACCCAUUCUUACCGACCGACUCUCCCUCUGACGUCUCCCGCCCGCCUUGCCACCCUUCGCCCUUUGUCGACGAUUCCACGUGCGACGCAUGCUGCCAGACCUCCUUCGUUUGUCGUAGCGCAGCAAUCCCGCCCCCUUCCAACCCUCCCGUUUUCCCCGCCGACCCGU